AUGGAUAGCUAUUCAGACUUCAGUGAGAACCUCUCAUCUUCAGCUAAUAUGUCUAUUUCUAUGCCUGGACAAGUUGGACUCAAUACCACCAGCGGUACUCCUUCUAUGUCAAUAAGCAGGCUUUUCCCAGCCCUGUUAGAAUGCUUUGGUAUAAUCCUUUGUGGCUAUGUAGCUGGAAGAGCCAACAUUAUCACAUCAACUCAGGCCAAAGGACUGGGAAAUUUUGUGUCCCGUUUUGCACUCCCAGCUCUUCUAUUCAAAAACAUGGUGAUACUUAACUUUUCUAAUGUGAAUUGGUCCUUCCUGUACAGUAUUUUAGUUGCCAAAGCUGCUGUGUUUUUCUUAGUGUGUGUUUUAACACUGUUGGUAGCCAGUCCUGAGAACAGAUUUAGCAAAGCAGGUUUGUUCCCUAUUUUUGCUACACAAAGCAAUGACUUUGCACUGGGAUAUCCAAUAGUUGAAGCUUUAUAUCAAACCACUUACCCAGAGUAUCUCCAGUAUAUUUACCUAGUGGCUCCAAUCUCUCUUAUGAUGCUAAACCCCCUUGGGUUUAUCUUCUGUGAAAUCCAGAAGUGGAGGAAUAAUCGUACUGUGUCACAGAGCAAAACCAAAAUAGUGGGCCUAGCACUUCUUCGAGUUUUGCAGAAUCCAAUUGUGUUCAUGGUCUUCAUAGGAAUUGCCUCAAACUUUGUUCUUGGCCAGAAAAUUCCUGAAUAUCUUGAAAGCUUCCUUGAUGGACUGGGCAGUUCAUUUUCUGGCUCUGCACUUUUUUACCUUGGGCUAACUAUGGUGGGACAAACAAAAAAGCUGACAAAGGGUAUGUUUGUUGCACUGAUCCUUCUCAUCACAGCUAAACUACUUAUGAUGCCAUUUCUCUGUAGAGAAAUGGUGGAACUCCUGGACAAGAGUGACAGUGUAGUCAACCACACCAGUUUAUCAAACUAUGCAUUUCUUUAUGGAGUUUUUCCAGCAGCACCUGGUGUCGCAAUAUUUGCAAGUCAAUUUAAUAUGGAAGUAGGAAUUAUUACCUCAGGCAUGGUGAUUAGCACUUUUGUGUCUGCACCUAUUAUGUAUGUUUCUGCAUGGCUGUUGACCAUUCCAUCUAUGGACCCCAACCCAUUGGCAUCUGCACUUCAAAAUGUUAGCUUUGACAUAAGUAUUGUCAGCCUCAUCUCUCUGAUCUGGUCUCUUAUUAUUGUUCUUCUGAGUAAGAAAUACAAACAGCUUCCUCAUAUGAUUACAACAAAUCUACUUGUUGCUCAGUUUAUUGCUUGCAUUGGAAUGGUGGCAUGGAAUUUCAUUAUUAAAGAGAAGGACAUCACCAUGCAGAUCCUAGUAUUUAUAUUCCUCUACAGCUCACUUUAUAGCACCUAUCUAUGGACAGGUUUUCUAUCUUUCUCUUUGUUUCUCUUGAGGAAGAGUGAAACAGUAAAGAUUCCCAUUGGGUUUAUUAUCAUAGCUGGAUGGGGAGUCCCAACACUUCUGGUGGGAAUCUUACUAAUUGUUGGUGAACGUAACAGCACUGGUAUUGACUCUGCCUUUUUCUAUGGAAAAUACCAGAUAAUUACCACAGCAGUGAUCCUGUUCAUCAGUAUAUUAAUGUCAGGUAUCUCACUGAUGUGUAUGAACAGAAAUAGGCAAGAGUCAAGCUAUGAGGUAUUGAACCCGUAUUCACCACGUAGCCAGAUGGAGGAGGUUGAAGUGGAAAGGAAGGAGAGGAAUAGAGUUUCAACCACUGUCCUUCAGCCUUCUGCAGGAUCUUCUGCACAGCCUUCUCCAGAAUCUCCUGCGCAGCCAUCUGUAGAAAAAGGUUGCUGUUCUUGUCAAACAACAAAUGGUGAAUUAUCCUGUGCUGGAGAGAGCAAAGCAGUGUCAACUGCUGUUGAAAGCAAGAUUCCUCCAAUUGAGACAGCUGAUCAGUGUGUGAGUCAUUGCAGUGCUCAAACCUGCAUAUUGGCUCAGGAAGAACAGCUUCUGCAGACUGGAGACAAACAGCUGGCCAGACAUGUGCUGCUCUGCAUGCUUCUUAUUGUUGGCCUGUUUGCUAAUCUUUCCAGUUGCUUAUGGUGGCUGUUCAACCGAGAGCCUGGGAGGCUGUAUGUAGAAUUGCAGUUCUUCUGUGCUGCCUUUAAUUUUGGUCAGGGCUUCAUAUGCUUUGGUAUUUUUGGCUUAGAUAAGCAUUUAAUCAUUCUACCAUUCAAGCGAAGACUUGAAUUUUUAUGGGGAGGCAGAGAAGCAGCAGGACAUACAGAUCCCUCUGUACCCGAGGAAAUCAGGAUGACCUGUCAACAGUUUGUUCGUUAUCAUAAAGAUCAUUGUGUCAAAAGUAUUGUCAGAGGCAGAAGGUGUGGUGCAAAGAUCUCCCCUGGCAUCUUCUUUGGCUGUGACCUGGUGAACUGGCUCAUGCAAGUUGGCCUUGCCUCCGACCGUGGUGAAGCUGUGAUGUAUGGAGACAGACUGAUGACAGGAGGCGUCAUCCAGCACAUCACGAAUGAAUUUGAGUUCCGGGAUGAGUAUUUGUAUUACCGCUUUCUUCCGAAGAGACCAGCUGCAGCUGAGAGCCACUGACCUGGGCACUGCAGGCAGAGGACAGGCAGUUAGGGGUGAAUGUGACCACCUCCUCUGCCAUCACCACUGAAACUGGAAAUAUUUCUUUCUCAGGACUCUAAGAGAAUUGUGUCAUUCUCUCUUGCAACAUUAAGAGAUGCAGUUCUACUUGUGUCUACUCUGAAGGAAAUGGUAGCAAUUCAUAUCUACUGAGCAUUCCAGCCAGAAUGCA